CGUGCCUCACUCAGGACGACAGAACUGCAUUUCGCCUGGAACGCCCGGAGUCGUGUCCCAAUUCUGAGACUGCUGAGCCAAGGCUGAGCCGAAGCCGAUGCAGAGUGGACAGCUGGUCAAGCGUCUGUUCUCCAUGUCCGGCCGCGUCUGUCUGUCCCGGGGCAGCUCGGGAUCCGGGAUUGUAGGUCCCAUCGAAGCCGCCAUUCGCACGAAGUUGGAGCAGGCCCUGAACCCCGAAGUGCUGGAGCUGCGUAACGAGAGCAGCGGCCACGCGGUCCCCCCGGGCAGUGAGACGCAUUUCCGCGUGGCGGUGGUGAGCUCUCGCUUCGAGGGACUGAGCCCCCUACAGCGGCACCGGCUGGUCCACGCUGCGCUGUCCGAGGAGUUAGCUGGGCCAGUUCAUGCGCUGGCCAUACAGGCGCGGACCCCUGCCCAGUGGAAGGAGAACCCUCAACUGGACACAAGCCCCCCUUGCCUCGGUGGGAGCAAGAAAACUCGAGGAACCUCCUGAACCCCAAGAGAGCAAGGACCAGGAGCCCAAUGGAUUGGGUGAGAGGAACUCCUGGGGCCACCUUUCCUUAAGUGUAGGCCAAUAUUUACGAGGGAUGAGGACUGCUGGACCCCCAUUCAACCAGCACAAACGUUAUUCUCUGGAAAUAGCAACUCAUUUGAGAUCAAAGUUAACCCAAGGAAACAGUAGAAUUACUACUGCUUUUGCCUUGGAUUACUCAAGAAAAGCUGCAUAGUCGUUUCAUGUUAAAUUCUAACUAAGGAACCACCAAAUCUGAUGAGUUGGAAAUAAUGCUAUACAUUAAAAGAAAUUAUCAUA